UGGCCGGUCAGUGUUCAACACUGAACAGCUGCUCUGUAGGAGGUGGGGCCUGGGGCAGGAGCACUUGAUUUAUGGUCUUUGCCAAUAUCCAUAUUAUAGAUGUCCCCCUAUUCAGCAAUGUCAAGAGUAUAAAAGGCAGCAAAAAAGUGAUUCCAUGAUAAGAAACAGUAAGUUUUGAGUGUGUAUUGACCUUUGUUCUUAACAGAAUUCAAUUGGUUAUCAUUUAUGUAAUUUCUCUUUACUAGUGGCAAUGUUUAACAGCCAGCUGGGAAAAUACCUGGAAAUUUCACAAUCGAACCUUGUAAACAGGUACAUUGGAGCUUGGAGUGCUCCACAUAGCCUCUAGCUACCCUCCGAGACGCCAGUGAAAGGGCUCUUUGAACUUAGAGAAGAGCUUGGUCUGGAUACUCUGGUCCCCAGAUUGGCCUGGAGGAGACCAAAUGCAGAUCACGGUUGAUUGACACCGAGUUGUGUUCUUUGCCUGCACUGGUAAGUUUGGCAUCUGAGCCUCAGAACUAGAGGAGACACUUGGCUGAUAAGGACGAUUUUGCACACAGGCGUCUGGAAGAUGCUCGCUGCGACAGUGUGCUUGGCCCUUCUGGGCUGCCUGCAGGCUCAGGAAUUCAAGGGGCAUGUUUCCAUAGUCCUGCUGGGAGCAACCGGGGACCUAGCUAAGAAGUACCUGUGGCAGGGGCUAUUUCAGCUGUACCUGGAUGAGGCUGGGAAGGGCCACAGUUUCAGCUUCCAUGGCGCUGCCCUCACAUCCCCCCAGCAAGGCCAGAAGCUCAUGGACAAGGCCUUGGAAUCCCUCACCUGCCCCAAGGACUUGGUACCGAGCCGAUGUGCUGAACUGAAGGACCGGUUUCUAGAGCUGAGCCAGUACCGCCAACUGAAGACAGCCGAGGACUAUCAGACUCUGGACAAGGACAUCGAGGCCCAGGUCCUGCAGGAUGGGCUCUGGGAGGCUGGCAGGAUCUUCUAUUUCUCUGUGCCGCCCUUCGCCUAUGCUGACAUUGCCCGCAACAUCAACAGCAGCUGCCGGCCACACCCAGGCGCCUGGCUGCGGGUUGUUCUUGAAAAGCCCUUUGGCCAUGACCACCUCUCAGCCCAGCAGCUGGCUUCAGAACUUGGAAGCUUUUUUCAGGAAGAGGAGAUGUACCGGGUCGACCAUUACCUGGGCAAGCAGGCCGUGGCUCACAUCCUGCCGUUCCGAGAUCAGAACCGCAAGGCCUUGGGUGGCCUCUGGAACAGGCACCACGUGGAGCGGGUAGAGAUCAUCCUGAAGGAGACGGUGGGCACAGAAGGUCGGGCCAGUUUCUAUGAGGAGUAUGGUGUCAUCCGUGACACACUACAGAACCACCUGACCGAGAUCCUCACGCUGGUGGCCAUGGAGCUGCCCCACAACAUCAGCAGCUCAGCUGCUGUGCUGCAGCACAAGCUCGAAGCCUUCCAAGCCCUGCGGGGGCUGCAGAGGAACAGUGCCAUCCUGGGCCAGUACCAGGCCUAUAGCGGGCAGGUGCGCCAAGAGCUACAGAAGCCGGACAGCUUCCAGAGCCUGACACCAACCUUUGCAGGUGUCCUUGUCCAUAUCGACAACCUGCGCUGGGAGGGUGUUCCUUUCAUCCUGAUGUCCGGAAAGGCCUUGGAUGAGAGAGUGGGCUAUGUUCGGAUCUUGUUUAAGAAUCGGGCAUACUGUACUCAGAGUGAGAGGCACUGGGCGAUGGGGCAGAGCCGGUGCCUGCCCCAGCAGAUUGUCUUCUACAUUGGACACGGCGAGCUGGGCCACCCCGCCAUCCUGGUCAGCCAGAACCUGUUCAAGCCCUCCCUGCCCACCCAGAGCUGGAAGGAGGUGCCGGACCAGCCUGGCCUCCACCUUUUUGGUCGCCCUCUGUCUGACUACUAUGCCUAUAGACCUGUGCGGGAGCAAGAUGCCUACUCCACCCUCCUGUCUCACAUCUUCCACGGCCGGAAGGAGUCCUUCAUCACCACAGAGAACCUGUUGGCUUCCUGGGUCUUCUGGACUCCCUUACUGGACAGCCUGGCCCUCGAAGUUCCACGCCUCUACCCAGGGGGGCCAGAGAAUGGCCAUCUGCUGGACUUUGAGUUUAGUGGCGGCCAGCUGUCCUUCUCCCACCAGCAGUUAGAGGUGCUACUACCAGAACUGGGAUCGGUCCCAAAGCCCAGUGACUUCCAGGUCCUCAGGGCCCAGUAUAGAGAUAGCCCACUGAUCACAGCCUGGCCAGAGGAGCUGAUCUCUAAGCUGGCCAGUGACAUCGAAGCCACCGCAGUGCAGGCGGUACGACGUUUUGGCAAGUUCCACCUGGCACUGUCAGGCGGCUCGAGCCCCAUAGCCCUCUUCCAACAGCUGGCCACAGGGCAUUACAGCUUCCCCUGGGCCCACACGCACCUUUGGCUGGUUGAUGAGCGCUGUGUCCCUCUCUCAGACCCAGAGUCCAACUUCCAAGGCCUGCAGGCUCACUUGCUCCAGCACGUUAGAGUACCCUACUACAAUAUUCACCCCAUGCCAGUGCACCUGCACCAGCGGCUUUGUGCUGAAGAGGACCAGGGCACCCAGACCUAUGCCAGCGAGAUCUCAGCCCUGGUGGCCAACAGCAGCUUUGACCUGGUUCUGCUGGGCAUGGGCACUGAUGGGCACACGGCUUCCCUGUUCCCACAGUCACCCACCGGCCUUGAUGGUGAUCAGCUGGUGGUGCUGACGGAGAGCCCACUCAAGCCACACCAGCGCAUGAGCCUCAGCCUGCCCCUCAUCAACCGAGCCAAGAAAGUAGCAGUCCUGGUCAUAGGGAGGGCAAAACGCGAGAUCGCCAUGCUGGUGAGCCGUGUGGGCCACGAGCCCAAGAAGUGGCCCAUCUCAGGUGUGCUGCCUCUUUCUGGACAGCUGGUUUGGUACAUGGAUUACGAGGCCUUUCUGGGAUGACAGGAGCAUCUUGGUCUC